AUGGCCAAGCAUCAUCCCACCAUGAUCGAGUGCCCCGCUAACCAGACCACCAUGGCGCAGUCAACAAACCCAACCAAGAGCCCGCUGUUGCGGCAUAGACUCGAGGCCACGAUGACCUCGUUCGCAACGACCAUCAACCAGCGCGCGCGCAACCAGUUCCGCUCGCGGACGGGCAAGGGUGGAAACACGAGCUACCAGCUGCGGCAGUACGCCGAGGCGACGCUGGGCGGCGGCAGCCUGCGCAAGGUGGUCAAGCUGCCCGAGGGCGAGGACGAGAACGAGUGGCUGGCCGUCAACAUGGUCGAUUUCUACAACCAGAUCAACCUGCUCUACGGCGCCAUCACCGAGUUCUGCUCGCCGCAGUCGUGCCCCGAGAUGAAGGCCACCGACGAAUUCGAGUACCUCUGGCAAGACUCCGAGACCUACAAGCGGCCCACCAAGAUGGCCGCCCCCGCCUACAUCGAGCAGCUGAUGGGCUGGGUGCAGGGCAACAUCGACAACGAGGCUGUCAUGCCGUCGCGCAUCGGCGUGCCCUUCCCCAAGUCCUUCCCCGCCCUCGUGCGCCAGAUCUUCAAGCGCAUGUACCGCGUCUACGCCCACAUCUACUGCCACCACUACCCCGUCAUCCGCGAGCUCGGCCUCGAGCCCCACCUCAACACCUCGUUCAAGCAGUACGUCCUCUUCAUCGACGAGCACGGCCUCGCCAGCGGCAAAGACUUCUGGGGCCCCCUCGGCGACCUCGUCGAGAGCAUGCUGCGGAGCGACUGA